CAUCAAAGGUCCUUUAGCAACUAGGAUCCAGUGUCUGCCACCGUCCGCUAGAGCCCGGAUACGUGAACGGACGACGCUGCUGCAGCACUUGCUUCCCGCCGAUGAUGAAAAUCUGCUGUCACUGACUGGUUCUGGAUUGACACCCAUCCUCUCCACUCAGCCAUGCAGAGCGAUGUCAAUACUACUGAGGAGCUGGAAUUUCGCAUUCCACACAAGCGGCGGAAAGCCAGCAACUUGAUGUCAGACACUACAAUGGGUAUACAAGGUGAAGAAUAUGACGAGGUCAAUAAUUCCGAGUAUGAUUAUGAAGCAGAAUAUGAAAACGCAAGCAUCAUUUCGGAUGUCUCUUACUCUGGAGAACAGCUGCCAACGCUCACAGAAGUUCUCAGCUAUUGCCAGGCAAUGUACGAAAUGGUCCUCAGACUGGAUAAGAAGAUGGAUUUACUCCAGAGGAAGGUAUCUGAGAUGUACCAUGUCCGGAUGAAGCCACAUUUCAAGUCUAGACAAGUUAGCUUACACCCUAGAGGUGCUCAGCCCCUACCCCAAGGUCAUUUUAGGUUACAGAAACUAAACCAAAGAAUCCCAAGCUCACUGAUCCUACAGCGUCCAAGAAACACCCCAAGCCAUCCACGGAAGCCUGAUGAGCAGAGAAGACUGUGCCAUCAGAGCACCACAGGUCCUUCACUAUCUCCUCCAAUAGAACGUGAACAGACUUUUUACAGAUCAAGUCCUCCUCUGCCCACCAUUGUAUCUACCCAUUCUUUGCAGUCACUCAUCACUGUAUCAGAUGAAGAGAACAGAGAAGUAAAAAUUGAAACCUUGCCUGAGAGCACUUGUUCUCCUCCACCAGUCAUCACUGCACCUCUUGCAACUUCAUCAAUGGGUCAAAAAACGACAGGGGCAACUAUUGCAGAGAUUGAGCCAUUGUUAGUGCCAUGCAUCCCUGUGCAAAAAAAUAUUACCAGUGAAGAACAACCUUCAUCCUCUGUUCAGCUGGUUCCAGUAUAUGAGUUUCUUGGAGAUCCAAGUAGGAAUAUCCAAGUCCCAGGCAGCGUCUUGAUGAAAGCAAAACAGAAAACACAGGCAAAGUAUGCAGCCCGGUACUUGGUUCGUGCCUUGUUCAGUAAAGAGGCGUUGAGCAGCGCUAGUGGAAAAAGCGUCCAAGGAUUGAUGGCACUUGAUGCCAACAAGGUUGUUGCAAUAAGAGAAUUUCUAGCAUCUGAAUUCCCUGAAUGUGAUGUUGGCGAAAAUGGAAAAGACUGGAAAACCUGUGUCACAAAUGUUAAUGCCAUGAUUCGAUGUUUGCAUUUAGAAGCAAAGAAAAGUACAGUCAAUGUCUAUCCUAAAGCUACACCACAAGUUCCUGAUGACUCCAUUUGCUUGGAUUCUGAUGAUGCGACGGAAGAGGACAACGCGGUGGAAGUUCCAGAUGAUGUCCACGCUGUACCUCCUAAUACUCUAAAGAAACAGAAGGAUAACAGGUCAUCUUCAGCUCAGAAAAUGAGAUUGUCUGGAAAACAGAAAGCCUCAGACCCUAUAGAACAUUUUGGUGAAGCCUGGAGAAACGUGCAGUUACCAUUCUCAGUCAUAUAUAUUGGCAAAGGAAAGUCUCGUCCAGAACUCUCUGCGAGGUAUUUGAUUAGGCAUCUCUUCCCGGAAGAAAUUCUUGUGAAGAGCAAUGUUUAUGGGAAUGUGGAACGUGGUGUUCUUCCAUUAGACUCCAACAGAAUUGCUGCUUUAAGAGACUUCCUACAACAGAAUUACCCAGCGUUUGAUCUGAAGGAAAAUGGUCAAGACUGGAAAGCGUGUGUGGCUGCGAUCAAUAGUACCAUCCGAAGCCUUCGUCAUGAUCAGAAAAAAGCAUCAUUGCAAACUCGGAAAAGGACCUCUCUUGGCAUUAUGGAUCAUUUAUUUUGACAGCCUGAAGUAGCCAUCUGAUGCUGAAGCUGUCCAGCAUGAUUUGGUUGCUGUCCAUAAAUUUCUGGUUGGUGCCGAGAUGUGCCUUUGUCUACUGAGAUAUUUUUCUACUGACACAGUUUUACUGACUACUUUGAAAUACUACCCAAUACAUAAUGUGGAAAUGUACUUUCAUUUAUAGUUUUACAGAAAAUAUGUCUAUGAUUUGUAUUGUGGUUAUGUUAAUUUUAUUAUCCCCCGCCUAUAGAAUUGUUCCAGUUAAACAUGUUUGAUUCUCCUUUAUUUUGUACUAGCAGAAGGACCCUGCUUUGCACGGGUAUAUAUCAUCUAUUUCAGGCAUGCUCAACCUGCAGCCCUCUAGCUGUUGUAAAACUACAACUCCCACAAUACCCUGCU